AAAAUAAACCUUAAGUAACAUAUAAAUAUGAGUCAAAACAAAGUGAUUUUUAAGCGCUGUAUUGUGAUUUUUAGUUUGUUUAUCACAGCGUCUUCGCCUCAACUCAUGCGGCAAAAUGACUUGGAUUUAUAUUCAAACGCUAAAUGGGUUUGGGAUUACGGAGAUGUGAAUAACAGUAUACAGUAUACCGAGUAUCCAACCAUUCCACCCAAAACAGAUGUAGAUCUUCCAGAGAUCUGUUUGCCAUACGAUCCACCGAUGCCCAACUUUAAUGCACCUGGAAAAAGAAUCAGUGAAGCAAAAUGCGACGAAUAUAUUUGGUUACUCAAAAAAAGACACGAAUCUACUGAAAGACACAAAAAAUGUGAAGAAGAACUGGAUAGAAUAGCUCCGAACAGAACCCAAAGUGCAGCAUUAAUUGGGGGUAUUGAUGCAGGACUCGGCGAGUACCCACAUAUGGUAAAAUCUAGCCUACAACUCUACAUUUUUCUGAUUUUUUUAUGAUAUUAUAAGCCGGUA